AGUAUGAAUGGAGUCCAUCGGCCUUAUCAGUUGAGAAACCAUGGGUACUGCUCAGCAACAAUGGGGGUAUUCUAUUCUUUCUCAAAAUUAACUUCUUGCUCAAUAUUUUGUGAGCGGAUACUACGCAUCUGUUUCACUUUUUUUUUUUCACUUAAGAAUGUUUUCAUUAUAUGUAUUGAUUUACAAGUGGGUAAAGUUUUAUCUGUCCAAUCCAGUAUCUGUUUCUUUGUCAAUUUUCAUCGACGAAUCCAUAUUUAUUCGAUCCAACAGCAAGGAAUUCCACCCGAGAGCUUCACUUUUAGGUUUUUUUUGUCUAUAUCUUCUCAAUUGGGAUUCUCGGGGUCCUCGUCAUUUGCACCAAGUCGAUGCAAAUUUAUUCAAACACGUUCAUCUGAAGAUUUCCUGUGUCUUGCUAGCCUAACAUGCCAUUUUACUAUAAGAAAUUAUGGUGGACAAGGUAACAUUGGAAAUUCAUUAUGGAGGAUUUUUUGGAUUGCAUCCUGUCUUAAACUAUGAAGGAGGAAGGGAAAAGGUACACUCCGUACAUAAUAUAGAUCCUGAUUGUUUGUCAUAUAUAGAGCUUUUGGCUAUAAUGAAAGAACUUGGUUAUUCUUAAAAUUGUCCUAUAUAUUAUAAUACGCCUAACCAAGAUAUUGCAGAUGGAUUGGUGUUGUUAACUUCUGAUAAAAUGGUAUUAGAGAUGGUGAAAAACCAUAAAAAUAUUGAUACUUUUGAGUUGUAUGUUGAGGAGAACUUGACGGAUUUUGGAGGAAAUGUUGAAGCUGCGGGUGAAAUUGGCUCUUAUGAUGCAGGGGGGUAUGGAAAUGCUUUGGCGGAUAAUACACAAGGAGAGGGAGGUGUAGUUGUGUAUAUGACAAAUGAACCAGCUGAAAAUAACAUUGAAGAGGAUAAAUCAGUUGAGGAUAGUGACUCAGAUAGAACAUAUUCACCCGAGAGCGAUGAAGAAAAUAAUUUUGAAGAUGACUUUGAAUACUUCGUGGAUGGUGAUACUCUUAGCGACUCAUUUGAAGAUAUAAAUAAACUUUUACAGAAUAAUCUCAACUCAGGAAUUACAAGAGAUAUUGAUGAGCCAUAUAUUGACCACACGGUAAUUAAAAAUAUCCAUAAUGACUCAUAUUAUGGAAGAUCUGAUGGUCUAUCUGAAGAAGGUGUUCGAAGUGAUUCAGAGGACUUAAGUGGUGAUGGUGAGACAAAGUGUGAUGCUCCUAAUAAGGAUAUUGAAUGGUUUAAUGAAGAGACUGAUAUGGAAAAUCCAAUAUUGUUCACAGGUUUGAGUUUUUGUUCAGUUCAACAAUUUAGGAAGGCUCUUAGACAACAUGCAAUAAAGAAUGGGUUUGAAGUUGGAUUCGAAAAAAAUGAAAGUGAUAAAGUCAUUACACAUUGCAAAAGAUUGUGCGGAUGGAGAAUUCAUGCUAGCUAUUGGAAAAAGACCACUGCGUUUCAGAUUAAAACUCUUUAUGGAAUGCCCCAUAGGUGCCCUAGGACAUUCAAGAAUAAAAUUGCCCAUUCUACUUGGGUUGCCAAAAGGUUCAUGAAGGAUCUUCUUGAUGCGCCAAACUGGAGCAUACAAGGUUUUAGAAGAACUGUAAAGAGAAAAUGUGGUGUAAUAAUCUCUAAAAAGCAAGGGUAUAGAGCGAGAAAAACAGCAACUGAGUGGAUUAAGGGCAAUUUUUAUAAGCAAUUUCAUAGAGUCAGGGAUUAUUGUGAAAUGGUUUUGAAGCAAAAUCCAGGUUCUGCAGCAUUCUUAUGCCUUGACAGAUAUUCUUUGCAACAACUGUCUUCUUUCAAGAGAGUGUUCAUCAUAUUUUCUGCUUUGAAAGAAGGGUUUAUGUCAGGCUGUAGACCUAUGAUUGGCUUAGAUGCAUAUUUCUUAAAAGGCCCUUUAGGAGGGCAACUUAUGACAGCUAUUGCAAGAGAUGGGAACAACCAAAUGUUUCCAUUAGCUAUUGCAGUUGUGGAGUCCGAGUGUAAAGAGAGCUGGACAUGGUUCCUGGAAUCCUUAAUAGAUCAAAUUGGAGUGCCUGAAGAAAAAAGAUGGGCUUUCCAUAGCUAAUAUUGUAUAAUUUACGUCCGUAUUCUAUACUCUGCGUCCGCCCCUGGCAAGGAAUGGUUAAACCAGCUAUGAAAUGGAGUGAAGAACUUCUAUGGUACGAAAGUUAUUGCCGAGGGAAGAGUGUUGAUGCUAUUGUGUACAGGUUGACUAUUGCUGCAGCUAUCUAUCAUAUAUGGUAGGAAAAGAACCAAGUGAUCUUCCAGAACAAGCAGCGACAAUCAAAAGCAAUUAUCAAGAUGAUCAUUCAACAAAACAUAAAUACAAUCCACCAAACUGGAAAAAGAUAAAAGAUGACAUCGGAAUAGACAACACUUCUUUUCAGAAAUUUAGUUAUUUUGGAUAUAAAAAUUUAUUAGGCUAUAAUGAUUGUAAACUAUUUAUUUGGGUUGUAUAUUUGCAUAAGAAUCCCCAAAAUAAUAAGGUUAUAAUAAGAAGCCUUCUUUUUUAUCA